AUGGAUGCAUCUCAAAGUUCUUCGGUGCCAGUCAAGGCGGCAGCGGCGUCGUUAGCUCCACGAUCACCUGUUAACCGCCCAAAACCUAUCAACAAGAAAAAGAAAUCUUCUUUAUCUCCUCUCGAAAGACAAAGGUUCUAUCUACCGGGGAAAUCCGUGCCAUCAGAUGAAUUGCCUAAGAGCCGGAGCCGAAACAAUCUUCUAACAUGGCAGGAAUUCGUCAUGGACGGCUUCGGGCCGACGAUGUCAUUGGCCUCACUAGUUAGCUGGCAGGACAUGCUUUGCUAUUCUCCACCGCCCCAAGGUCUCGAUGGUCCUGGCACUCCACCAGAAAUUCGAGACGCCCUUGUUGCAAAGAAACAGAAAAAUACUCAGGGCCGAUUUAUUAAGGGUAUUCAAUUGAUCACCCCAAACAAAAACGGGAAAUCUCCAAGAAGACAAAUAGAAGGUGACCCUAGUCGGCAAUCUUCUCCACCCCGUAGAAAUACUAGCAAACCGUGGAUGGUAUCUUUUGGGAAAGCUUCCACAUUUGGUGCGGAACAGAACCAGAGUCCCGGAAACUCCAAACGAAGAUUCAGUAUUCAGUCAAAACCUUUGAGUGAUUGGGCCUCGAGAGCGAAAAAGUUCUUGCAUCUGAAAAGACCGUCUUUGAAAAAGGGCAAAGGUUCCGUGAUGUCUUCCCCAACACGAGAUCGUGAAUAUCGUUCUUCGUCGUCAGGUUCGGUCUCGCCCAACCCUAAUCGUCGCUUACUCGCAAGAGAGAAUGCACCUACGAAAAUAACCGUCAAGAGACCGAGCCUUCGAUCCGACCCGAUCUCUCCGGUUUCUAGCGCGAGCGUUAGUACGGCAUCCAUUGCGCAGCCUGUUUCUGGUUGGACCUUCCUUGCACCUCCUGGGCAGUCUUCCAGUCUUGAGAGCAGUGUGCCGACGCCAGCAGUAUCUCUACAGCCCCCCGUACAGUUUAUUAUGGGUGGAGCGAUUCCUCCGGGACAGUCAAUCCCACCCAUAAACCCGCUGCUUCGCCAUCAUAGCGUAACUGCAAACCGGAGUGAAGUUGAAGAUCCAGGUGCUGGGAAUAAUUUGUUGGAACCGCGGAUGAGCGUGGCUGACUCUACUAAGUCACAUGAAACUCUUUGGCGACGAAGCGUAAGCUCACCAAGUAUCUCUAGCUCUUAUACUUCGCUCUCAAUGCCUAGUGGCGGCUCAAGACAAUCUUCUAUCUGGGAUUACAGGGGAUCAAUAGUCUCAAUUCCCCGAGGCUCUGUUGUGUCUGUCAGUGAUGCUAAACGGACUCUCCGCGCAAAUUUGACGGGUAACCUUACACACGAUUCGAGAAGCCGGGAAGGAACGGUCCGAAAACGGGUUAGUGAUACGCCGACUCACACUCAUGUGCAUAGCAUGUUUUGCCCAAGUGGUCACCUUGCACCAUUCCAUAUGGAGUCUUCGACCCCUGAUAUCCCUAAACUGGAGACUGAAUUAACACCCGAGCCGGAGCCGGGGCAGCAAUCACCUCUGUCCCGUAGAGCUACUAUUGGCGGAAGGAGACCUUCCAUUGUUAAAAAGGAUCAUCUAGAAAUAUAUAGUCAUCCUUACUUCGAAGUUGCGCCAAAUGAACGACAUAGGAGUCUGAGCAGUGUGACGUUUGGGAGCCGACCUGAACACGUACAAAGGCAUUCGACCAUGGAUAGCGUGGGGAGUUUUAGAACUGCUCUCGAUGGUACUGAAGACUCUACUGCUGAUGUUUCUUUUUCUUCUUUUUGA